CCAGCUUCUGUGAAUCGCCAGUCUUGUCUCGAGACGUCCAGAGUCACAUCUCCCAGGCUUACCUCUUGCCGGUGCGUGUGAAGCGAACUCGGCGUCUGCUGGUCCGUGCGUCCUUGUGUCUAAAGUACACCGCCAUGGCCCUAUAUCCUGACAGUUCAUGGGAAUCUCCAGCACUUGAAUACACACAGAAACCCUUCCAGACCCUUGAUAUCUAUGCUUGGAGCCCGCAGGAUUGCGGGGACUGGGCCAGCAGUGUCUGCCGUCGGAGGGGCCUCGACCAGAACGCCGUGGAUCUCUGCUCCUUCAGAAACACCACUGGCGUCCUUCUCCUCCAGUUCUCCUUACAGGACUUCUGCACGCUCGUGGGAGACGACGUCGGCAGGUUGUUCUAUCAGGAUUUUCGGGCUCAGAUUAAGAAGAGGCGAGGUGAGGGCGGCAAGGGUUGAGAUUCAAUUUUUUCC